AAGCCGGAAGCGGUUGAGUGUCCCAGGCUGGGCGGAAGGGGAACCCAGGCUGACCUCGCUGCUCCCGAGCGCCGGCCGCGAGCCCGCGACAGAGCUGGGACCAUGGGGGCUCGGCGCCGCGGUCCGCCCGUCGUCCCGGAGCCCGCGCUGGGGCUGCUGCUCCUGCUGCUGAGCGCGCCGGCCCCGAGCCGCGCCUCCCCGCGGCUCUUGGACCACCCGGCGCCGGUCUGCGCGCAGGAGGGGCUGAGCUGCACAGUCAAAAACAGUACCUGCCUGGAUGACAGCUGGAUCCACCCUCGAAACCUCACUCCUUCUUCCCCCAAGCAUGUCCACGUCCAGCUGGGCAUAGCCCACACCCAGCACAGAGACCUAGUCCCUGUGGUGCACAUCGAGUGGACGCUGCAGACAGACGCCAGCAUCCUAUACCUGGAGGGCGCAGAGCUGUCUAUCCUGCAGCUGAACACCAAUGAGCGUUUGUGUGUCAAGUUUGAGUUUCUGUCCACACUGAGGCAUCACUACAAGCGGUGGCGCUUCAACUUCAGCCACUUUGUGGUAGAUCCUGGUCAGGAGUAUGAGGUGACCGUUCACCACCUGCCCAAGCCCAUCCCUGACGGGGACCCAAACCACCAGUCCAGGACCGUCCACGUGCCUGACUGCGGGGACCCCAGGAUGAAGAUAACCACGGCAUGUGUGAACUCAGGCAGCCUGUGGGACCCCAAUAUCACUGUGGAGGCCCUGGAGGCACAGCUCCGGGUGAGCUUCACCCUGUGGAAUGAAUCCAGCCCUUACCAGAUCCUGCUGAGCAGUUUCCCACACAUGGAGAACCGGAGCUGCUUUGAAUCCAUACAGCAGAUACCUGCACCCAAGCAAGAGAAAUUCCACCAGCAGAUCAACGUCAUGCUUACUCUACCCAACUUUAAUUGGUGCUGCCAUCACCGAGUCCAGGUCCAGCCCUUCUUCAGCAGCUGCCUGAAUGACUGCCUGAGACAUGCUGUGACCGUGCCCUGCCCAGAGGUCCCACAGGCUCCAGACUCAAUUGCAGACUACAUUCCCCUGUGGGUGUAUGGCUUCAUCACGGGCAUCUCCAUCCUGCUGGUGGGCUCCGUCAUCCUGCUGACCGUCUGCAUGACUUGGAGGAUCUCUGGGUCUCGUCAGGGAAAGUAUGGUGAAGACAGCAAACACACAGACAUCCUGCCUGUGGCCGACCUGACCCCACCGCCCCUCAAGCCCAGGAAGGUCUGGAUUGUCUACUCAGCUGACCACCCCCUCUAUGUGGAUGUGGUCCUAAAGUUUGCCCAGUUCCUACUCACAGCCUGUGGCACCGAGGUGGCCCUCGACCUCCUGGAAGAACAGGUCAUCUCAGAAGUGGGGGUCAUGACCUGGGUGGGCCGCCAGAAACAGGAAAUGGUAGAGAGCAACUCCAAAAUCAUCAUUCUAUGCUCCCGGGGCACCCGGGCCAAGUGGCAGGCCAUCCUGGGCUGGAAGGAACCCGCCGUGCAGCUGCAGUGUGACCGCUCGAAGCCUGCAGGGGACCUUUUCACGGCAGCCAUGAACAUGGUCCUGCCAGACUUCAAGAAGCCAGCCUGCUUUGGCACCUAUAUCGUCUGCUACUUCAGUGGCAUCAGCAAUGAGAGCGACAUCCCCGACCUCUUCAACAUCACCUCCAGGUACUCACUCAUGGACAAGUUUGAGGAGGUUUACUUCCGGAUCCAGGACCUGGAAAUGUUUGAACCUGGCCGGAUGCACCGCGUCAGGGAGCUCACGGCAGAAAAUUACCUGCAGAGUCCCAGCGGCUGGCAGCUCAAGGAGGCCGUGGACAGGUUCCGGGAGUGGCAGACCCAGUUCCCUGAUUGGUUUGAGCGUGAGAACCUUCGCUCAGCAGAUGACCAGGACCUCCCGUCUCUGGAUGAAGAAGUAUUUGAAGAACCACUGCCACCACUGGGGGGAGGGAUCGUCAGGCAGAAGCCCCUGGUGCGGGAGCCCUUGUCAGAGGGCUGCCUGGUGGUGGACAUCUGCGUCGGCAAAGAAGAAAGGGGAAUGUCAAGGCUGGACCCUCAACUGCAGCCGCAGGGCAAGGUGGCAGCCCAGACCCGCCAAACCAUGGUGCUCCCCCUGGAGCAGGUACCAGCAGCCCACGUGGAACCUGUCCUUCCUGCAGAUGGCAACAGCACAGCCAGCCGGCUGGCCAUGGUGGAGGACAGCGAGGCCUGCCCACUGCUUAGGGGCUGUGGCCCCCGGCGGAACAGCGUCCUGUUCCUCCCCGUGGACUCCAAAGACUCACCUCUCUGCAGCACUCCAGUGCCAUCGCCUGACCACCUCCCAGGUGAUGUAAGGUUGCAGCUGGAGGGCUUGAUGUUGUCGCUGCUGCAGCAGAGUGUGAGCGGCCAGGCCCAGGAGGCCUGGGAGAGACCUGUGGUGGCCCUCCAGGAUCCCUACACACCCUAUGAGGAGGAGCAGCGGCAGUCUGUGCAGUCAGACCAGGGCUACAUCUCCAGGAGCUCACCGCAGCUCCCUGAUGGGCUGCUGGAAAUGGAGGAGGAGGAGGAGGAACAGGACCUGGGGACAUUGGCAGAGCUGUCUCCUGAGGACCUGCAGAGCCUGAGGCGCCUGCAGCGGCAGCUUUUCUUCCAGGAGCUGCAGAAGAACUCUGGCUGGGACAGCGUGCAGUCAGACAGCCCAGCUGUGGAAGGGCAGGCCCUCUCCUAAGGCCUCCUAGCUCCCGGGCCUAAAGAGACUGUGCGCGAGAGAGAGAGAGAGAGAGAGAGAGAGAGAGAGAGAGAGGAGAGAGGGAGAGAGAGAGAGAGAGUGUGUGUGUGUGUGUGUGUGUGUGUGUGUGUGUAUUCAUGUGUCAAGCGUCCUUCUUUAAAACGUGGACAUCUUAGCUGAGUGAGAAGGGGCACACCUGUAGUGUGUGUGUGUGUGUGUGUGUGUGUGUGUGUGUGUGUGUGUGUGUGUGUGUGUGUGUGUGUGUGUAUUCAUGUGUCAAGCGCCCUUCUUUAAAACGUGGACAUCUUAGCUGAGUGAGAUGGGGCACACCUGUAGUCCUAGCACUUGGGAGGCUGAGCCAGGAAUAUCACUUGAGCCCAAGAGUCUGAGGCCAGCCUGGCCAACAUAGCGAGACACAGCAAGAUGUAGACAUCGUGAUUCUGAUCUUCCUUUUAUGUGACUUCAUGGUCAUCUCCUGUCCAUCCCCACAAGAAUCCAUAGCCCACUUCCAGGAGGUAAUGACCAAGUGGCCCGUUCAUUCUUUCAUUCGUUGAUUCAUUCAUUCAGCAUUUAUUCUGCAUCUUCUGUGUGUCAGACAUUUUGGAAUACUAAAAUAAAUUACACAUGUCAUGCCCUGAACACCGAGGAGCUUACCAUCUAGAAAGAACGAGGAAUUCACACAGAAUUGUCAGGAUGGGCUGGAGGCAUGGCUCAGGGGGUAGAGCGCCUGCCUUGCAAGCACCAGUUCAACCCCCUCCCCUCCUGAAAAAAAAAAAAAAAA